CAUUUGGUUCCAUUUGUUUCAUAAUUCUUAAACAUAUUUGCUGUCCCUCAUUUUAGUUUUCAAUACUCCAGGUGCCUUUAAUGCCCAUUGGGUUACAAAGAAUAUGAUUAUCAAGAUACAGAGCUAUGGAGAAAAAUUGGGUUUUCGAUGGAUGAUGCUCUCCCGAAAUUACUGUUCGAGUGAAGCAACAAGGCACAUUACUGAUCCAACCAAAAGAAUAUGCAAAAUCAUGAUGUCUUGCCCCACACUCACACUUGAUACUGCCCUUGAUCAAAGUGGGGUCAGAAUUUCACCUGAAAUAGUAGAGGAUGUUCUCGUGAGAUUCAAGAAUGCCGGAAUGGUUGCAUACCGCUUCUUUGAAUGGGCAGCGAAGCAGCAAAACUACACGCAUAGUGUUAAGGCAUACCAUGCUAUGAUCGAUUCUUUGGCAAAGAUAAGGCAGUACCAGAUCAUGUGGGAGCUUGUGAACUCAAUGAGGACCCAAAGGAUGCAGAAUAUGGAGACAUUUGGUAUCAUUAUGAGGAAGUAUGCCAGGGCUCAGAAGGUUGAGGAAGCGAUUUAUACUUUUAAUGUUAUGGAAAAGUAUGAUUGUGCUCCGAAUUUAGCGGCAUUCAAUGGCCUGCUGAGUGCUUUGUGCAAAUCCAAGAAUGUGAGGAAGGCUCAGGAGAUUUUUGAUAAAAUGAAGGACCGCUUUGAGCCAGACUCAAAGACAUACAGUAUAUUAAUUGAUGGAUGGGGAAAGGAUCCAAAUUUGCCCAAGGCAAGGGAGGUCUUUAGAGAAAUGGUUGAUGCUGGCUGUAAUCCUGAUAUAGUGACUUAUGGUAUCAUGGUUGAUGUUCUGUGCAAAGCAGGGAGGGUGGACGAAGCCAUUGAGAUUGUUCGGGGCAUGGAUGCUAGUGGUUGUAUGCCUACAUCUUUUAUUUACAGUGUUCUGGUGCAUACAUAUGGGGUGGAAAAUAGGAUUGAAGAUGCUGUUGAAGCAUUCUUGGAGAUGGAAAGGAAUGGAAUCAAGGCUGAUGUAGCCGUCUAUAAUGCCUUGAUCGGUGCUUUUUGUAAAGUUAACAAGUUCAAGAACGUGUGGAGGGUCGUAAAUGAUAUGACUUCCAAAGGUGUUGCAGCCAAUUCGAGGACCUGCAAUAUCAUCUUAAACAGCUUGAUUGACCGUGGAGAAACUGAUGAGGCAUUUAGUGUCUUUCGUAAAAUGAUCAAAGUAUGUGAUCCAGAUGCAGAUACAUAUACAAUGAUGAUAAAAAUGUUUUGCGAGAGAAAUGAAUUAGAGAUGGCUCUUAAAGUGUGGAAGUACAUGAAGUUGAAACAGUUUGUUCCCAGUAUGCAUACAUACUCAGUCCUUAUUAAUGGAUUGUGUGAAAACGGUAAUGCUUCAAAGGCUUGUGUCUUACUGGAAGAGAUGAUAGAGAAGGGGAUUCGGCCAUCAGGUGUGACAUUUGGGAGAUUAAGACAGUUGCUUAUAAAAGAAGGAAGAGAAGAUGUACUGAAAUUUCUUCAAGAAAAAAUCAAUCUCCUUGUCAAAGAGCCUUUAUCUGAUUGAGGAGUCAGACUAGCUACUGAGAAAGUUUGGUUUCUUAAUGCAUUACUUACAAGUUCUGGAGUAUAUUGCUGUUGAUGUGCUUGCUCAUGAGAGAAAGACUCAGCUUUUGCAGGUAAAAUUUGUUUGAAAUCACUGCCGAAUAAAAAAAGGUUUCCCGACAAAUGGGUGUUAUUCUCCGAAUCAUUAUGGUGUGGUAAAAUAUCACGUAGAGUUUUAUCAAGUGAUUAAAAGCAAUGUUUGUGGUUCAUCAGAGCUUCAUCUCAAACAAUUAAGUCAGAUUUUUCAAUAACUUUUGCUAAAUUUGUACACUGCCGUCUACAGGUCUCUGGCAGGGAGAUCUGCUGUCCCCCCUUUUGUUCUUGAUCUGUGCUGAAGUCUACAAUUAUCAACUAGAUACUUUCCUGACACCUUUUUCUCGGCUUCGUUAGUCAAUGCCUCCCUCCCAAGUUUGGAGGUGCUUAUGGGGAAGAGAGCUUGUCAAGCAUAGUGUUUUGUGGAGGAUAGCUGAUGGAACAUCUGUUCAGAUCUAUAAUGACAGAUGGAUCCCGAGACUGACUACUGUUAUGGUUUGCAGUCCUUUAAAUUUCUCUUGUGAGUGAUCUUUUGCUUCCUUCUGGGAAAUGGGGUAAAGCAAAAGUUGAAGCCAAUUUCUUUGUGGAGGAUGCUGAUUACAUUCUUAGUCUCCCAUAUAGCAAGGCAGACAGAAGGGACAAGUUGAUAUGGUUUUUUGAGAAGCAUGGAAAAUUCUCAGUGAGGUCAGGGUACAAGUUGGCUUUGUCUUUCAUGGAGAAUGCCUCUGAGAGAUAAAAGUCCACAAAUGAAUCUCAGUCAAGAUGUUUUUGGAACUUUGGAGUCUAGGGUGGCAAACAGAGUCGAACUGUUUUUGAGGAGGGCUUCUCGAAACAUCCUGCCAUGUACAAAUUCUAUAAAAGCCUGGAAAAUUACUCCUAGUGAUUUGUAUUCGAGAUGUGGUAAGAAAUCUGACUCUGCUUCAUGCCAUCUUUAAGUGCAAGAUGAGUAAAUAUGCUUGGAGAGUUGGAGGUGCAAUUUUGGUUUAAUGGGAAAGUGGAAUUUUCAGCAACUUCUUCAAUCUUCUUGAGUAUGCAGCUGGCACCCUUUCCCUGUGUGACUUGAACAGUUUGCUUACUGUCCCUAGUUACUUUGGAAAGAAAGAAAUGAUGUUUUUCAUGUGUUGUCUGAAAGACUUGAACUUAUCUCUGAGAAAGCCAUUUGUAUGCUGGAGGAGUUAAAAAAUGAAAAUUUAUUGGAAAGCAGUGCCUUAACAGAGAAUGCAAGAUGGACCCCUUCCAAUGAGGAUUCUUUCAAACUUAAUUCUGAUGUUGUCCUUGACGACAUUAAUGGUAGGAAGAGUUGGAGUGUGGUUCAAAAUUUGAGAGGAGAGCUGAAGGGGGCCCGUUCCAGAUCUUGGAAAGGGAGAGGUAGUCCUUUAGAGGCGGAGUUGCAGGGGAUUCUUGAUGGCAUCAAGUUUGCUAUUUAUGGAAGCUUCAUGCCUGUUAUCGUUGAAUCUGACUCUUCUGAGGCACUAACCCUUGUUGGGCAGCUGUUAGUCUUAUUGUGGAGGACAUCAAAAUGUUAUUGAGUAUCGCACAGGCAAGACGGUUAAGCUUCAUCCCCACGAGGGCAAUCUGGUAGCUCAUUGAAGACAAGCAGUAGAGAAAUUUAUCCAUGGGAAAGAGAUUGACUUGGAGGAGUUGAGAGGGAGAGUGGACCAAGCCCAGAUACAAAAGGUAUGUGUUACAAGCAACUAGUAUUCUUGUGAAGGUGAUGUUUAUAGUUAAUGAUUGAUCAUCAACAAACUGUGUUUUCAGCACUAUAGCCUUUGGAUAUGGAUAUCCACGCUUGCUGAUGCUAUUAUAUGCUGGAUUGCUGCUCGAGAUGCCUUGUGAGAAGAAAAAGUUAUAACUUUGUUUUUCCUGUGCCCAAAUGCGUUGCUACAUUACAUAUUUUUCUAAAAUGAGACUGAUGUUUGGCGGCGAGGGUAGAAUUGAAGAGCUUAUUUUAAAGUGGCCAAGGGAACAUAAAAGUUUGCAAAGUUUUCUCAUGUUGAGCCUAGAUAUGUAGUGUGGUUAUAGGAAGGGCCUGAAUGGCUAAUGAAUUGUAUAUAGAUUGAUAUCAACGAUAUUACCCUCUUUAUCUAUUGAAUGGAAUUUCAGUUGAUAGAAA